GAUGCCAACCUUCUUUCUUUACCAAGCAGAUCCUGACAAACCGUCAACGUAGUACACCACAUUCACACAUAAGUAUGCAGAAUGGGGUAUAUAUGUUCGCUCUCGCUUUGAAUCGAAGCUCAGAGGAAUACCUUUCUCAUUGGCGUUCUUACACCUACCUUCACGAACCCGCUGAAAGUUGACAAUAACAACACAAUGACGUCACGAGACGUUGAGGAACAGUCCGAUGUUGCAAAGCUCAAGAGGGAAGCAGACGGAUCUUUCAAGAGACAAGCAUCGACGUUCAGGAACUUUAUUGAGAAAGGAGGCAAGUUUGAACCGGAGAAAGGCCGUUAUCACCUCUAUGUGUCAUAUGGAUGUCGUAGCUUGGGCAACAAGGACCCUCAUCGUAAGGAAACUGAAAGGGCUCGAGGAUGUCAUCGAUGUUACAGUGGUCUCUCCUCGCACGAGCCCGGAUGGAUGGGCAUUCGGCGAUGUAGACCCAUUCCCGGGUGCUGACGCUGAUCCUUUGUACGGCGCUCAACACAUCAAGGAUAUUUACUUCCGCGCAGACCCCAACUUUAGGGGACGAUUCACAGUCCCGGUACUUUGGGACAAAAAGACCGAGACAAUCGUCAAUAACGAAAGUUCUGAAAUCAUUCGCAUAUUCAACACCGCUUUCAACGGUAUAUUAUCUAAGGACAAAGGUUCCUUAGAUCUUUACCCAACAGAUCUAAGAGCGCAGAUUGAUGAGCUCAAUGAAUGGGUGUAUGAGACUGUUAAUAACGGCGUGUAUAGGGCUGGCUUCGCUGCCUCCCAGCAAGCAUAUGAAGCAGCGGUUUACCCUCUUUUCGAGUCCCUUGAUCGACUCGAGAAGAUCCUUCAAUCCAAGGAUUACCUCGUAGGGGACCGUUUGACUGAAGCAGACGUCAGAUUGUUUGUUACCAUCAUACGCUUCGACGUGGCCUACCACGGCAUAUUCAAAUGUAAUAUUCGCGAUAUCAGGAAUGGAUACCCUGCCAUUCAUCUGUGGUUAAGGAAGUUGUACUGGAACAUACCCGCGUUCAAGGAGACGUGCAAAUUCGACCACAUCAAGGUCGGGUACUAUGCUCACGACUUCAUAAACCCAGCAAAGAUUGUGCCUGUUGGCCCUCUACCUAACAUCCUGCCACUUUGAGUUCUACCACGGCUAUGUACUAUCAGUUCUACAUGGGCUUAGCGUAGUCCCACCGAAUUAUAUCAUGUUCAUUGAUGUUGUCUGUGUCCACUACCUGUCUAUGGUAUCUUCUAUGACCG